AUGGAGACACCUGCGGUUGAUGUGGAUAACAUUAUCGACAGAUUAUUAGAGGUGAGAGGGUCGAAGCCUGGACAGCAGGUGGACUUGGAAGAGCACGAGAUCAGAUAUCUGUGUUCUAAGGCCAGAUCUAUCUUCAUCAAACAGCCAAUCUUGCUGGAGUUAGAGGCCCCUAUCAAAAUAUGUGGGGAUAUCCACGGCCAGUACUACGAUCUGUUGCGUCUGUUCGAGUACGGUGGAUUUCCACCGGAGUCUAAUUAUCUGUUCCUGGGAGAUUAUGUUGACCGUGGUAAGCAGUCGUUGGAGACAAUAUGCCUGCUCUUGGCAUACAAGAUAAAGUAUCCGGAAAAUUUUUUCAUCUUAAGAGGCAAUCAUGAGUGUGCUUCAAUUAACAGAAUCUAUGGGUUUUACGACGAGUGUAAAAGAAGGUAUAAUAUCAAACUUUGGAAGACGUUUACCGAUUGCUUCAAUUGUUUACCGAUUGCGGCGAUAAUCGACGAGAAAAUUUUCUGUAUGCAUGGUGGGUUAUCACCAGAUUUAAAUAGUAUGGAACAGAUUAGAAGAGUUAUGAGACCAACUGAUAUACCAGAUGUAGGUUUAUUAUGUGAUCUGUUAUGGUCCGAUCCGGAUAAAGAUAUUGUUGGUUGGAGUGAAAAUGAUAGAGGUGUUUCUUUCACAUUUGGGCCUGAUGUUGUUAAUAGGUUUCUACAGAAACAGGAUAUGGAAUUGAUCUGCAGAGCUCACCAAGUUGUUGAAGAUGGUUAUGAAUUUUUUAGCAAAAGGCAAUUAGUCACACUUUUCAGUGCCCCAAAUUAUUGUGGUGAAUUUGAUAAUGCCGGAGCUAUGAUGAGCGUCGACGAAAGUUUAUUAUGCUCUUUCCAGAUUUUAAAACCUGCCCAGAAGAGUCUACCAAGACAACAGGGCUCAAGAAAGAAAAAAUAA